AAAAGGUCCCUGUGCAGCUCAAUACAUACCAUGAACCACUACAGUAUAAAUCCAUAUGGUAAAUAAAAUUAUGUGAAAAUGUAGAUUUCAGACCAGGAAGUAAAAUGCAUACAUGUGCAGAGAGUCAUUGGAAUUCUUAGAAUAUGGAGGUUGCAAUAAAUCAACAAAUUGAACAUCUUGGCUGAAAAUCAUAUUAUUUACAACUUUGUUCUAAGAAGUGGAAACUGAUGAUAUUUUUCGCACAAGCAAUACAGGAAAGUUGAUAAUUUGGAUAGAGUUAUAAAAAAAGAUAUUUGCUGUAUAACGCAGUUUGAAGCAGACAAAUUUAUUGCAAGAUGAAGCUGAUUUUUUCGCUUCUUUUAGCAUGGUGCCCCUAUAUUCAAUCACAAAGCACUGCUGAUUCACAUGUGAAUAUCACAACAGCGGUUCCAUUGACAACAGAUAGCCCUACUACGAAUGGCAGUACCUAUGAGACUGAGCGACAUGUGGAGUAUAUGCCCUAUGAUGGCUGGUACAACAAUCGUGCACACCCUGAGUUAGGAGCGGUUGACAGUCCUUUGGUUCGUCUCCUACCCAGUGCAUAUGAGGAUGGGGUGUACGAGCCAUCUGGAAAAAAUCGACCAAACCCAUUUGAGAUUAGUGACGCCCUGAUGAGUGGUGAGACAGGACAUCCCUCUUCAAGAAACAGAACUGCCUUCAUGGUGUUUUUUGGUCAGCAGGUUGUGGAAGAAAUCCUAGAUGCUCAAGGUUCUGGUUGCCCAGUAGAAUACUUUAACAUCAAGAUACCCAGGAACCAUCGUUACAAUCCUGAUGACCGUGAUGAUAUUGAGAUGCCAUUUUUACGUACCAGAUAUGACAUGAGGACUGGCUUCUCUCCAAAUAACCCCAGACAACAGUUGAAUGAGAUCACACCUUAUAUAGAUGGAGGUUUGAUGUAUGGGGUAUCUAAAGCAUGGGCUGAUGCAUUACGUGUGACUAAAAAUGGUAAUCUUGCUCCAAGAGGUCGUCUUGCAGCUGCGAACGAUACAGAUCCAAAUGAGGGAAAUUACCCAGAAUACAAUACGAUCCGUCUGCCAAUGGCAAACCCACCUCCACCAGCUGAUCAUGUUCUUAAACCUAUCAAACGAUUUUUUAAACUUGGAAAUCCCAGAGGGAAUGAAAAUGCAUUUUUGUUGACAUUUGGAAUAUUAUGGUUCCGUUACCAUAACUACUUGACUCAUCAGUUAGAUGCUGUUCAUCCUGACUGGAGCGAUGAGAGGAUUUAUAACGAGGCAAGAAAGUGGACAGUUGCAGCACAUCAAAAAAUUGUGAUGUACGAUUGGUUACCAUCUUGGCUGGGGACAGAGGAGGAUGGGUCUGCAUUCACUCUUCCACCAUAUACUCAUUACAAGCCAGCUGUAGACCCUGGUAUAACUCACGUCUUUCAAUCUGCCGCAAUGAGGUUUGGACAUACAUUAGUGCCCCCUGGUGUUUAUAGAAGGAAUAAGACAUGUCACUUCCGCUAUACCACCACCAUGACAGGAGAGGAGGGACAUCACGCUCUGAGAACGUGUAACUCUUACUGGAAUCCACAAGAUGCUGUAAAGGAACAAGACAUAGAUGAGUUGUUGAUGGGUAUGGCCUCACAGAUCACAGAGAGAGAGGACAACAUUAUAACACCUGACCUCAGGGGUGACGUUUUUGGACCAUUGGAAUUUUCCCGGCGUGAUCUGAUGGCAAUCAAUAUACAGCGAGGUCGAGACCAUGGGCUGCCUGAUUAUAACACAGCCAGGCGUGAACUUGGACUUGACACGAUUAAUGAUGUCAGAGAUAUUAAUCCUGAGCUAUUCAAAUCAGAAGAGGGAAAAGAGUUAUUGGAAAACAUAUGGAAUCUUUACAAUGAGAGUGGUAUAGACAACAUGGAUAUUUGGGCUGGUGGAAUAUUAGAGACAACAUCAAGUGGCCCUGGAGAUCUCUUCCGGACAAUCAUUGCUGACCAGUUCCAAAGAGUUCGAGAUGGUGAUCGAUUUUGGUAUGAAAAUGAUAAAAACGGAUUAUUCACUCCCGAGGAGAUUCAGCAGAUUAAUAAGACUACUUUAUAUGAUAUCAUACAACUUGUCACAGACAUUGGGCCAAAUGAUAUACAGAAGAAUCCUUUCUUCUGGAAUACAGGAGACCCCUGUGAACAACCUAGGCAGUUGAAUCACUCAGAACUUGCAGAGUGUGAGGGACCAAAACAUUUUGACUAUUUUGUCGGAAGUGAAUUGUCCUUUAUUUUGACAUUCACAGCCCUGGGAAUCUUUUUUAUAGGUUGCAUUGUGGUCCUUUGGCUUCUUGGGAAACAUAAAGAGAGAAUGCAACGUGAAGAGAGAAGAGCAGCUGCACAAAAACGCAAUAGACGUGAUAUGGGAGAUGUCUUUUCUGUUAUGGAGUAUGUGUCAAAGAAAGAAGGUUACAGAUAUUCAUUGCUCAAAAUGGAUUCUACGAGACAUACAAUCCAGAUAAUGACAGAGGCAGGAAAACAACUGCGUUCUAUUGAUUUACAAAACAUCCAAACUGUGUUUAUUCGUACAUCUAUUGAUAAAGGAAAAAAGCUGUGCCUCAUACGGGUACCAAAGGAAUAUGAUGUGCUGAUGAAGUUUAGUAAUUUGAACAAUCGGGACCAGAUUAUUGGCAAAAUUGAGACUUUCUUAGGAGGUUUAGGAGUUGCACAUAAACGAUCCGAAGACAAGGAAAGUGUCAUUAUGAAAGACGUUGUGACGAAGGACAAUCGACAAAAACUGGUUGAAAAGUUCUUCAGAGUUGUUUUUGCCCAGGCAUUUAAGAUCAAAGAUGAAAAUCGAGAUGAUGUCACUUCACUUGAUGCCAAAGCAGCUAAGGAUGUUAUCGACUGUGAACUCACCAAGUCAGAGUUUGCAGAAGCCCUUUCAAUGAAGGCCAGUUCAACAUUUAUAGAGCAGAUGUUCUCAUUGGUUGAUAAGGAUAACAAUGGUUAUAUAUCAUUCAGAGAGUUUCUAGAUAUGAUCGUCAUCUUUGCCAAAGGUGACCCUGAAGCUAAAGCCAAACUUUUGUUUGACAUGUAUGACAUCGAUCAAACUGGCAAACUCGACCGGGAAGAAUUCAAACGUAUGCUGAGGUCAUUAAUGGAGCUUGCAAAUGAAAAGGUGACAGAGGACCAGAUGGACACAUUACUCAACUCCAUGUAUACAUCAGCUGGGUUGGCUAACAAAGAGAGCAUCACACUGAAAGAAUUCAAUACAAUUCUAGGGGACUAUAAAGAGGAACUUGGACAUGCUCAGUUGAAAUGGGAUGGAGCAAAUGUUGGUAAAGAUCUACCAAAGAGAGAGAAUGCUCCCUCAAGAGCUAGGAAAACGCUUGUCAGAGCUUUUAGUUCACCAGGAAAUGACAACAUAAAUAAACGAAUCAGCAAUGUUGCUGUGAACACAGUUAAACGUAAACCUGUCAGUAAGACAGAAAACCCUGUCAUGGAGAAAUUCACUGAAUUCAAACGAUAUAUUGAGAACUACAGAGCUCACAUAUUCUGGCUGUCACUUUACACACUUGUAACCAUUGGGGUGUUUGCUGAGAGGGCAUAUUAUUACUCGGUUGAACGUGAACAUGCAGGAUUGCGUACUAUUGCUGGCUAUGGAGUAACAGUGACCAGAGGGGCUGCUAGUGGCAUGAUGUUCACCUUUACAUGUCUCCUCGUCACAAUGUGUAGGAACACCAUCACAUAUCUGAGAGAAACCUUUUUACAUCGCUUCAUUCCAUUCGACGCGGCCAUUUCUAUGCACAAGUACAUUGCUAUGUGGGCUUUGUUUUUCACAGUGAUGCAUUGUAUUGGACAUGCCUUCAAUUUCUACCACAUUGCUACCCAAACUGCCAAUGAUCUGACUUGUAUCUUCAGGGAUUAUUUCCAUGCGACCGAUGAGUUGCCAAAGUUUCAUUACUGGUGUUGGCAGACUGUGACAGGUGUGACAGGAGUUCUUGUCACAUUGCUUGUCAUAAUGAUCUAUGUCUUUGCAACACAAUACGCACGACGUAAUGCUUUCAAAGUAUUUUGGUUCAUUCACAAUUUGUACCCAGUCAUGUACAUUCUAAUGUUCAUGCAUGGAAGUGGAAUGUUGGUACAGCCAGCCUUCUUCCACUAUUUCUUCCUGGGACCUGCAAUACUCUUCACACUGGACAAACUUGUCAGUGUCAGUCGCAAUAGAGUCGAGAUAUCUGUUGUCAGAGCUGAACUUCUACCCUCAGAGGUGACUCACCUGGAGUUCAAGAAACCACUGAAUUUUGAGUACAAAUCUGGUCAGUGGGUCCGUAUAGCAUCCCUGGCUCAGAAUGGGAGUGAGUACCAUCCGUUUACUUUGACUUCUGCCCCCCAUGAGGAGACCCUCAGUGUACAUGUACGCAGUGUUGGACCUUGGACAUCUAAUCUGAGGCAGACAUAUGACCCCAGUAAACUUCUAGAUAGUCCAUAUCCAAAACUCUUCUUAGAUGGACCAUUCGGCGAGGGACACCAGGAUUGGUACAAGUUUGACAUAGCAGUGCUAGUUGGUGGCGGAAUAGGUGUUACUCCAUUUGCAUCAAUUCUCAAGGACCUUGUCGAGAAGUCUCGGAAAAAUGUCAAAUUCAACUGCAAAAAGGUGUAUUUCCUGUGGGUAACACGCACCCAGAAGCAGUUUGAAUGGCUGACUGAUAUCAUAAGAGAAGUAGAGGAUAAUGACCAAAGAAAUCUUGUCUCAGUUCACAUAUUUGUCACUCAAUUCUAUCACAAGUUUGAUCUCCGAACAACAAUGUUGUAUAUAUGUGAGAGACAUUUCCAAAAAAUUUCCAAUCAGAGUCUCUUCACUGGCUUGCGAUCCAUCACACAUUUUGGUCGCCCUGACUUCCACAGUUUCCUGAAUUCCUUGCAAGAUGAACACCUUGAUAUAUCCAAGAUUGGAGUAUUCAGCUGUGGUCCACCUCCCAUGACUCAUAAAGUGGAGGAAGCCUGCUCCCAACUCAACAAAUGUGACGGGGCUUCUUAUCAACAUCACUAUGAGAAUUUCUAGAGACAAUUUUAGAGAUACAGCAUAUCUGAUAAUGAUAGAUUUCCUAAGAGAUCCAACUGAUGUGAUUAUAUAUCAUAUAUGAGAAGUUCCAAAUAAAAGUUCCGAUAUGAUUUCAAAAAUAAUAGAAUGUAAUAACAAUGAAUGACAUGAUACCACUCGCAUCAUCAAUUUUAGAUAUUUUUUUAGAUGUUUAUUAUUCAUACAAAAGAUACUUUCCAAAAAAACAUUGUGUUUAGCACCCGAUCUCAACAUAUUUUUCAAAAUGUGGAAAUAUUUUAUACAAAGAUUAGAUUGCCCUUUUCCUCAUUUAUACCAUAUCAAACAUUUCUUCUGCACUAUGUCAUCAAAGUUUAAUAUCUUCCACACCCCAUUCUCUUGUUAUGAUGUGCUCCAAAUCUAUGUUUUUUGGAUAGUUGGUUUGAUAAUUUUUUUUUAUACUGGGGACCUCAGUUGGUUGGAAAAAUAUUUUUUAUAAAAAUGUAUUUUUAAUGAGAAAUACUCAUGGUCAGAGAUAUGAUUGUCUAAAAUCACUCUCCAUACCAUAGCUAGUCCUUUGUCUAAUUAUUAUUUUAUUAAGUUGUGGCCAGGGGGAAGAUUUUCCAGAGUUCAGAGGAGCAUUAAGGCAAAGCUAAGGGGAACCCCCUGAUGCCAAGUACAUGUAAUACCAAAUAAUUCUGGGAGCUAAUCUUCCUUAAUUGUGCUUAUCCCUCUCAUUAUUCAAAUUGUACAUUUUAAUAUCACCACCACAUAUGGUGACAUACAUGUAUUGUAUUGUUAUUGUCUCCAACAUUUUUGUGGACGAGGUCCAGCUGUUGAUGUUCGAUAGGUGGCUACAUUUUGCAUGUUAAUGGCUUGUUUAUUUUUAGUGAUUCUCUUAUGUUUGUGUGUACAGUAUGUGAAUGUAAG